GAGUUCUUGAACCAGAGCCUCGAUGAGAUUAUUGCAGUGAGACCAACGUCAUUAAUGGCGUUUCACAACCAUCUGUCGCACGAGAUGGCCCUUCAGCAUUUCUCAGACCAGCUAGGGGAGAACACAGCGGUUUUACGGAGUAUAUUGCCGGAGCAGCUUGGUCAGUCUUCGUCAAACGCCACCACCGGUGCCGGAAAAGACCAAAAAGAUAUACAGAGGUUGAUGAUCGAGACUGUUGGGAAAUCGCAGCAACAGCAACCAUCGCAGCUCGGUGGUGGACCGACGUGGCUUAACAAAAUUCUCCAGCAACAAAACCAGUACGUUGAUGGAAGCUUUCUUCACUUGCAAACCAAUUCGGACUCAACGACCUCAGGCGCUUCGAACCAGUGGCUUUCACGGCCGAUUCUGCAGCGGAACUCUAGUGAUGUCGGUGCUGGUGACGAUGUUCCGGUGUCUAGUGACUCGAUGAUUGCAGCUGCGAUGUCGCACGGCUCAGCCGAUUUGAACGGUAAUAAUGAUAACAGAAACAGUGGUAACAACCAUAACCAAGGAGACAACAACGGUGGAGGGGAGUUAGCUGAGAACGAAGCUGGUGGUGGAGGGGAUGGAGUUGGUACUUGGCAGAAUGCAAAGUGUAAAGCUGAUAUCUUGUCUCAUCCACUUUACGAGCAGCUUCUCUCGGCGCAUGUAGCGUGCCUGCGUAUUGCAACACCGGUUGAUCAAUUGCCCAGGAUUGAUGCGCAGCUUGGUCAAUCGCAGCAUGUUGUCGCCAAGUAUUCGGUUCUUGGACAUGGUAGUCAGUCGCUUGGGGGAGACGAUAAGGAGCUUGAUCAAUUUAUGACGCAUUAUGUUCUACUGCUUUGUUCCUUCAAAGAACAACUGCAGCAGCAUGUUCGUGUCCAUGCAAUGGAAGCUGUAAUGGCUUGCUGGGAGCUGGAACAAUCUCUACAAAGUCUAACAGGUGUCUCCCCAGGUGAAGGUACAGGUGCAACAAUGUCAGAUGAUGAUGAUGAUGACCAGGCAGAUAGUGAUGGAAACUUGUUUGAUGGAAGCUUGGAGGGGCCAGACAGCAUGGGAUUUGGUCCUCUUAUUCCUACUGAGAGUGAAAGGUCCUUGAUGGAGCGUGUGAGGCAAGAGCUGAAGCAUGAGCUGAAACAGGGUUACAAGGAGAAGAUUGUGGACAUAAGGGAGGAAAUUCUGAGGAAGAGAAGAGCAGGAAAACUCCCAGGAGACACCACCUCACUCUUAAAAGCCUGGUGGCAGUCACAUUCAAAGUGGCCAUACCCAACUGAGGAAGACAAGGUGAGAUUGGUACAGGAAACAGGCUUGCAAUUAAAGCAAAUUAAUAACUGGUUCAUUAACCAGAGGAAAAGGAACUGGCAUAGUAACCCUUCAUCUUCUACAGUGUUGAAGAGCAAACGCAAGAGAAGUAAUGCAGGUGAAAACACUGGUGAACGGUUUAUGUAGAUGAUAUUCUACUCGCAUUUGACCCCAAACGAACAAAUGUUCCCUCCAUGCUUCUUGAUUAUACAAUGGGUGUUUGAGCAUCGAACUACAGAGAAGCAUGUAGAUCGUAAUGGGAUAUGGCCGUAUGAGGACACUAUAGAGGUCCAUGUAGAGAUAUUUAUUUUGCUUAUACCGAAAAGUCUAAUAUGGUAGAUGAGGCACGCGGCUAUCUACUAUUUGCAGGUGGUUGGUUUGAACACUGGAAGUUUUGUGCACAAUUGACAGGUAUGGAUGCAGUUAGCUCAAUACCUAUGAUUCAUGUUUUGCUAUAUUCUUGAGGUUCAAAUUGAAAAAAAAAUGUAUAAUAUUGUAACAAUGCCGUAGUACAUAUUUUUCUUUCUCCUUGUAGUGGCAGAUUUGAGAAAUUCUACUCUACAUAUGUCAAUAAUUAUACUCGCAGGUUUUGGGUGUACA